AUGAGGGACCUUGGAGACAGUGAUGGCAGUUAUGUGGCCGAUGCAUUAGGGAGAACCAUGCUGCUCCCCACUGAUAUGGAAGAGUUAAAGAACAUGAGGAUGCAGGAGGCUAUCCAGGCCACCUAUAGGAUGAAGGAUGAAGUGAAGGGGCAGAGUAAGGCCGCCGAGGAUGAACACACCAAACGCAUAGAUGCUGCGCAGACCCUCAAAGCUUCCGAGGCUGACCUCGCAAAGGCUAGGGAGAACUUAAAGGAGGCUACCCGAGAGAGGGAUACUGAUGUGGAAGAGUUAAAGAACAUGAGGAUGCAGGAGGCUAUCCAAGCCACCUAUAGGAUGGAGGAUGAAGUGAAGGGGCAGAGUAAGGCCGCCGAGGAUGAACGCACCAAACACAUAGAUGCUGCGCGGACCCUCAAAGCUUCCGAGGCUGACCUCGUAAAGGCUAGGGAGAACUUAAAAGAGACUACCCAAGAGAGGGAUAGUGCCUUGGCAGGUUUAACUGGUGCCCAAAAGCAGGCCGAGGAACAGACAAAGCGCCUACUCGAUGUCGAGGAGCAAUUGCAAAUAGCCAAUGAGCAGAUCAGUGAUUUAAAGAAGAAACUAAUCAUGGUAGAGAAUGCUAAGGGCGUGGCGGAGUUUGCCCGGGACGAAGCCGUGAGGGCCAAGUAG